GAAGAUGGGAGAGAGUUGUCUCCUAUCUGCACUAGAGACUAUUUGAGUGCAGAGUCAGAGCACGCCCGCUCGAACUUCCUACUUCUUCUGUGUUGUUUGCACCCUUCCAUGAAUUUUCCCAAAGAGGUGGAAGUGCAAGGGAUGAGCCAGCCGAGAGUUUAGGAAAGGAUGAGCGCCAGGAGUUCCGUGCCGCCUUAAAAAAAAUCCAAAAAGCUCCCUUUUCUUGGACAACAUCCUGAGAGAUAACAAAGAACAAGGGGUGAAGAAGUUCAAAGCUGCCAAGAGAAACAGGAGUUAAGACGAACCCUCAAAAAAAAUCUUCAUACGAUCCGCCUCAUUUGGCAAAAAAAAAAGCCGCAUCCUGCUGUUCCGCCAGUUUGUUGCGUAGAGCUGUCGCCGCGAGGUGAACGUGACCGAUUCGGUAGUCUUCCGAGGAGGUGGUCCUGAGGAAUGCACAGAAAAGCCAACCAGGCUACUGCGACGGCUGCCCCCAAUGGCCUGUUGCAGCUCAGCCUGAGCCUGGCGCUCCUUGAACUCUUCACAGGGGGCGCCGCCCUGACGCUACAGGGCAAUGCUUACCACGGGCUGCUGGUUGCCAUUAACCCCUGCGUUCCCGAAGACCCGAAAAUCGUCUCCAGCGUUAAGGAAAUGAUUACUGAGGCUUCUUUUUAUUUGUUCAACGCUACACAAGGAAGAGUCUGUUUUGGAAGUGUCAAAAUUUUAAUACCUGCAACAUGGAAAAAAAACACUUACGCAAAGCCAAUGCAAGAGAUAUACACAAAGGCAGAUGUCAUUAUUGCUCCUCCUUAUUGGAAACAUGGACACGACCCAUACACAUUGCAAUAUGGAGGGUGUGGAGAAAAGGGAAAAUAUAUACAUUUCACCUCUGACUUCCUGGUAAAUAAUGAUUCAGUUGGAACCUAUGGAUCACAUGGCAAACUUUUUGUCCAUGAGUGGGCCCAUCUUCGGUGGGGGGUCUUUGAUGAGUAUGAUAGUGAAAAGCCUUUCUACAUAUCAAGACAAAAUCAGGUUAAAGCCACAAGGUGUUCUGCUGAUCUGACUGGAACUUAUGUCUGCGAGAAAGAAUCCUGCACUGAAGGCAACUGUGUCAUUGAUCAAGUGACGGGACUUUUAAAAGAAGGAUGCGCUUUUAUACAUGACAAGGCUCAAAAUGCAUCGUCUUCCAUAAUGUACAUGCAAAGCUUGUCUUCUGUGUUUGAAUUCUGUGACGCAAGCAACCAUAACGCUGAAGCUCCCAAUGCCCAAAACAGAAUGUGCAGUUAUAAGAGCACAUGGGAUGUAAUCAUGAGCUCUGACGACUUUAAAUUCAAUAUCCCUCUGACCAGCAACAACUUCUCUUUGCCUCCCACCUUCUCGCUACUGCAGGCUACAGACAGAGUGAUUUGUUUAGUCUUGGAUUUUUCCGGUAGCAUAAAUGAGAACAAUUGGCUCAUUCGGAUGCAUCAGGCAAUAGAAGUGUAUCUACUGCAAAUUGUGGAAGAUAAUUCCUAUGUUGGGAUUGUCACUUUCAGUGAAGUAGGGGAAAUAAAGUCUCAGAUCCGGCAAAUAAUUAGUGCUGAUGUACGAAAGCAGCUUGCUUCAGCCUUGCCAGUUGCUUCAUCUGGUAAAGGAGCAAAUGUGUGCACAGGAUUGCAGCUGGCACUGGAGAUAAUUAAAAACCAUGAUGGAAAUGUUUCUAGUUCUGAAAUAAUUUUAUUGACCAGUGGAGAAGACAACUCAUUAAGCAAGUGUUUCUCUGAUGUAAUCAACAUUGGCUUAAUAAUUCAUACCAUCAGUCUGGGGCAAUCUGUAUCCAAAGAACUGGAACAGCUAGGAAGAAUGACAGGGGGCCUGAGUUUUUUUGUCAGUGACAGACCAGACUCAAAUAGCCUGAUAGAUGUCUUCUCUGCCAUUGUAGCUGGUAAUGGAGCUGCCAGCCACCACCCUGUCCAGAUUGAAAGUGCUGGUGAAAGGGUGAAGGGCAAUGGUCAGAUUAACAGGACAACAACAGUCGACUGCACAGUGGGAAAGGACACAUUUUUUGUAGUAACAUGGCAGACAAAGGAACCCGCUAUUGUUCUUCGCGACCCUAGAGGAAAAUAUUAUACCACUGGAGAAUUUAAUAUUGAUCUGAAAUUGCACAGAGCUCGUCUGCAGAUUCCAGGGAUUGCAGAAGCUGGGGAUUGGACAUACACACUCAGUAACACUCACAUGCUUCCUGAUGUCCUCACAAUGACUGUGACCUCCCGAGCAAUAAAGUCUGAUGUGCCUACCAUCACUGUGAGAACCCAUACAAAUAAAGACACAAACAUUUACCCUAGUCCAAUGAUUGUGUAUGCACAGGUUAGCCAAGGCUUUUCACCCAUUCUUGGUGCAAAUGUGACUGCUGUUAUUGAGCCAGAGAAUGGAGACCCAAUUAUCUUGGACCUUUUUGACAAUGGUGCAGGUGCAGAUAUGAUUAAAAAUGAUGGUGUAUAUUCAAAAUACUUGUUUUCUUUCAUGAGAAAUGGAAGAUAUAAUUUGAAAGUGUAUGUUGAGAGGGACAACCAGACAAUUGGUCCAUAUCCUGCAAUGCUGUGGAGCCCUGCCAUGUAUAUUCCUGGUUACAUAACAAAUGGUACAAUCCAGAUGAAUGCACCAAGGCCAUUGAUGAAUAGUGAAGAUAUGCAGAUCAGAUCAGGGGGCUUCAGUAGGGUAGCCUCUGGAGGCUCUUUCACAGUAUCUGGAGUUCCGGCUGUUCCCUAUAAGGACGUGUUCCCACCCUGCAAAAUUAUUGAUCUGGAUGCCAGAGCAGAAGAUGAUAGAGUCAUUUUAACUUGGACAGCACCUGGGGAUGACUUUGACCAGGGGCAAGCUGCAAGAUAUGAAAUAAGAAUAAGCAAAAGCCCUGUGGAACUGAGGGAAAAUUUUGAAAAUGCCACUCCUGUGAAUACCUCCAGCCUGACACCUCAGCUGGCUGGUUCCAAGGAAAUAUUUGUGUUUAAUCCAGAAAUGUUAGUAAACAAUCACAUUAAUUAUGUGGCUCUUCACACAGUUGAUAAGUCUUUCCUGCAGUCGGACCUAUCCAACAUAGCACAGGCACUUGUUCUUCUUCGAAAGGAUAGUCUCAUUGCUCCUGCAAAGAAUGGUACAUUAACAAUAGUUCUAACAACAUGUGGGCUGUUGCUAUUGGCUUCUUCUUGCCUUAUUCUAAGCACAAUUCUAAGCACAACUCAAAGAAAAAGAAGAAAAUGGCCAUUGACGAAGCUGUACUAUGACCCUCACAUUUCUCAUUUAUAGUUUAGGCUUUUUCAUGUUUUUAAGUGACAAUUACCAUACAAAUAUAACAUGACCAUCAUAAUCAUCCUUUGUAUUUGUAUGCCACCUUUCCACAAUAAAUUUUGCUCAAAGCUGUUUACAACAAAGUAUACAGCAAUUACAAAAACAAUGUCAUAAUAACAAAAAUAAUAAAAGAGCAGUAAAAGAGUAACAUAACCGCAAAUAUCACAGCAAACACAAAAACCAAAAAAGAGAUCUUAGAAUUAUGGUGGAUAGAUCAAUGAAAGUGUUGAUCCAGUGUGUGGCAGCUGUGAAAAAAGGGGAUUCUAUGGUAGCAUUCAUUAGGAAACGGACUGAAAAUGAAACUGCCAAUACUAUAGUGCCUUUAUAGAAGACUAUAGUGUGACCACACUUGGAAUGCUGUGCACCAUUCUGGUUGCCACGUCUGAAAAAGAAAAUUAGAGCUAGAAAUGGUUCAGAAAAUGGCAACCAACAUGAGCAAAGGGCUGGAGCAACUCCUCUAUGAGGAAAGGUUACAAUAUUGGGGGCUUCUUCAUGUAGAAAACAGGUAAGGGGUAGGAGUGGAAACAUCUAUCAAUUUCAGUUCUCUCCGUUUUUCAACCUUAAAUUCAGUUCUCCACAUUUCUGCAGCAGUUUGUGAUUUUUUUAAAAACAAAACCUUCAUGAAAAUUCUCCAGUAUUUUAGUGCAAAUUUCUCCUAAUAAACACAUUUUAGAGGCAGUUUUGACUAAUGUACAAAUUUUGUGAGUAAUUUCUCAUCAUGUAAUGCAUUUUUGCAUGUUAUUUUCACUCAUACAUUCAUUUUUAUGCACACUUUCCCCUAAUAUAUGCAGUGCAAUAUAUGUGAAUUGAAUUUUUUCCCACCAAAUUUGUUAUUGUCACAUAAUUUGGGCAGCAUAGAAAGUCUUUAAAAUAAAAUCUACGCUACACAUACUUAGGUGGUUUGAGUUGCUGGCCUUGGGGGAAGAAUUGGGCCUUCUUUAGUAGGUGGAUCUGAUUGUGCAUCAGACAGAAUUGGGAAAUGCAUGGGAUGACCAUUUAACAUUGCAAAGAUUAAAAGGAAGUGCAUCACCUAUUUGCAUAAAAUUUGCACAUGCUGAUUCAUAUGUAAAAAAGUAAAUGUAGUAAUAAUUACUAUAAUUUGUACAGAAAUGCAGUACAUUGUACCAUUAGCAGGGAAGACUGUAACCAGAUGACUUGUGUGCUCCUGCAUCUACUGUCCAAGUGCUGACUAUUGAUGAGCAACUCCAAAGUUGCUGCUAUCCCUUCUUAGGGUUCUUUAUAUUUAACCCAACUUGGAAUGAACACUCCUUCAAGAGAGGACUGUCCCCUAUAAAAUAGGACACAGAUACCCUAGGAGUAUGGAAUCCCUGAGGCAAGCCCUGACCUGCACACAUGCAUAUGAAGACUGGAUCUUGUCAGCAGUAGUGAUUUGAAUAGUACAAUUGUGAAGUGGAUACCCAGGUUGUUUGGAUUGACUGAGGUGCAUAUGUGCAUAAUUUAAAAGAAACCAAUUAAAACUUUAUCCCAUAUUAUAAAGUGUGAUCAAAUACUGUUAACUCAAUACAACUGUUUACAUUGAUGGAGUAGCAGUUUUUGCUGCAAACGUUACUCUGGUAUUUCCACUUUUGGCUGGGGAACUGCACUGCAAAGUUCAGAGAAGUGUGAAUUUUGAAGGAUAAU